AUGACACUUUUUUCCGCCGAAUGCUCCGCUACAGGCACCAUCCGACUCGUCGGUUUUGUCUCUGAUUGUCUCUUUGUAUGUCCCCCUUUGUGCAUUGCAGGAGGGUGCAGAGGCAUCGCGGUUCCCCUCCCUGGUAGCCCCAGCUCGUGCGGCAGCCGAUGAGUCCUCCCGCCCACCUGCUGGUGCCCCGGGCAAGCGGCCCGAGAACAGCAUGUGGGAGCUUUUCGGCCGACCCACACUCGCUACACUGGAGCAACAAGCUUCACGAAAGAGGCCCGCCAUCGAGGUACACACACACGGACUCAUCUCAUCGAUUGCACAUGCGUAUGUCGGUCAUGUGUUGUCCCGUUUAGUUUUCCCCUCCCGCCCCUCUGCCCGUCCCCGCUGCGCGAAAGAUUGAGCCCCGGCCGUCCUCAUCUCCAUCAGAGCCGUCCGAGACACGGGAGCAGAGGCUGGGAGGGGCGUUGGAGCGGCGGCUUGUCAGAGUGGAAGAGGCGGCUGCCAACCUGUCGGUGAGUGGGUGCAAGCAGGGAAGAGAUGGAGAAUAAGAUGGGCAUGCCUUUUGUGUUGGUGUGUUGAUGCAGAGCGAUGUUGUGCAGUUGCAUGUGCUGAGGAAUCGUCUCGGGGAGGUGGAGGCGUCUGUACGUGAAGUGCGGGCCACUGUCGAUAGGCGAAUCGCAGGAAUCGAUGUGGAAACGGUGAUGUCUCAUCUCCUGCUGUUCUACAUAGAAUCGAUCUCUCUCUUGCUGUUGUCAGAACUACAAGGCGUCGGGAUUCAUGCGCGAAUAUGACGAAAGGGAGAGGAGGGCCAAGGAGUGGGUCAGGAACGAGCUGCAGAGCUUGAAUGAACAGGUGAAACAGACACCCAUUCAUCCCAACGAACACAGACACACACAGAGGGAGAGCUGUGUGUGCUCUGCAGAUGGCGACCAUCCGGUCGACGUCAGUGGACGCGGCACAGCGCAACCAAAACUCCAUCGCUGGCCUCGCAAGGACCACACAGGCAAUCCCAACACACAGAGACACGUGGCAUGACAAAUGUUCAUCCCCUCAUGCAGGCCAUCGAGGCACGGCUAGACGGUGUCGACUCCUACCUGGGCCAGCUUCGGCAUCGCAUGGAUUUUCUCUCGUCGAAGGCAGAGCAGGGGCGGCCGUCCGGCCACCCAGACACAGGCGGCAUCCUGCCUCUGUCUGAGGGAGGCCCACUUCAGCAAAUGACGGCGCAGCGUCUGGCCGACGAGCAGAAGAAAAUCGACGACCUCGCCAAGUCAUUCGCUGACCAGAUAAGGGUCGGCCAGGGACACAAAUGUUGCAUUAUCAUGCGUCCUUUCUUCUUUGCGUGUAUGCGCAGAGCGUACAGAAUCGCAUCGAUGAGUUGGCUGGGAAGCAGGCAGAAGAGGCCAAAGAGCGACGGUCCAUAUCGGACAAGGCAUUCAAACAGAUCACUUCGCAGGUGGGGAAUGAGUCAGCCAUGCGCAACACACACACACACACACACACACACCUCUGUCCUUCAAUGCAGGACGCUGCGCGAGCCAGUGACCUGCAAAAGCUCGAGACAGAGAUCACAGGCGUCGGGUGAGCAUCAGACAGAGAGACGCAUCUGUACCCCAUCUGUAUGUAUGGCUGCAGCAAUCAGGUCGACAUGGAGCGGGAGGACCGUCGCGGCGCCCUCUCUGAGCUCGAGCAGAGGAUGCAGCAGUCUAUGGCCAUGCAGGAGGACCGCAGCAAGGCGCUGCACCGGGAAGCAGCCUCGCAGCAGAGCCAGAUGAUUGCCGAGUGGAAGGAGUCGGUCAAGAGCCUGCAGAAGCUCAUCCACGCCACUCAGACAGAGGCACACGACAAAAUUCACGUAGGCGGCAACACACCCUUUUCGGCUGCUACAAUGGAUCGAUCGCAUCUCUGUAUAUGCGUGUGUGGAUGCAGGCUGUGAUGAAGGACAAUGAGGAGAAGGAGGCGGCCCUGCUGGCAAGGCAGCUGAAGGUCAAUAAUGACAUCACCACCAGGCUGGCUCGCCUGGAAGCGGCUGUCGACACCGAAGCGCGGCAUCGUGAAGAGGCCAUGCGGAAAGCAAGAGAGAAGCACGAUGAGGUGAGACAUGACGGAGAGAGCAGAUACAUGCUAUGAGUCCAUAUCUGCCUGUAUGAUGCGGUCUGUCCAUGCAGUCUCGGAAGGCGAUCGAGAAGAUCCAACUGAGCCUGGUGCACGCCAUCGAGGAGCUUCGGGGCGAGUGGCAAGACUUUCUCAAAAGCACAUCCAAGGCCAUCGCCACCGCAUCACAUACUGCGCAGCAAUACACCGACACACGGGUGGGCGGUGGGCGGUUGGGUGGGUCUGUUCCACUGUGUUCCUUCUCGUCAUGUGUCUGUCCAUGCCUUGUCAUCUUGGUGCAGUACCAGGAUUGCACGCAGCGGCUGGAGGGCCUUGACUCUCUCGUCAAAGCGACGACGGCUGCACUGACGAGGACGGAGGCACAAGUGGCUGACCUCAACUCCAACUACAUCACAGACCUGCAGGCCACGGAAAGUGAGACACGACGGCCGUGAGGCCACACUGCUGCACGGAUCAAUGCGUGCUGCAGCUCGGCUGAGGACUCGGAUGUCCGACUCACAAGCGGCCGCAUCAAGACAGAUCACACAAGGUAGGGGAAGAGACAGAAGCGUCUGUGUCUCUCACGCAAUGUGUUGAUGCAGUCGAGUUUGAGCUGCGGUCGGUGGUGGACAAGCGAUGUGCCGACACCGAAAGCAUGGUGAGCAGGCAAGGCCUUACAGCACAAGAGAGCACAGCGGUCGUUGCGAAUCCUUUGCAGCUGAAGGAGGAGGGCCAACGUACCAAAGAGAGAUGCGACACACUCGCCAAGGGCGUGGACGGCACCAUCGCACUCACCAGGGUAGGUGAGCAUCAUGUGCGCUACGACUUUCAUCCGGUCUGUGCGUCUGUCCCAGAGCGCUUUGGAGAACCAAGUGCGCGAGCUUUCCGAGCGACAAGACGCCAAACUCACAAGCGUUGACUACAGACUGAUGAAGGUCAGCUCCCCAGGACAGGUGAAUGCAUCCAUGAACUGCUGUGGCGUAUCGACACUUCAGGACAUCCAAGAGCGUGCCUCGGCGCUCGACGAUGCCCUGAAAGCGAAGGACCUCGAGCUGUCGGCUCGGAUAGAUGCUGUCCAGGAGACAUUCCAAGAGGUAGGUAGCCACAGCUAUUCACCGCUCCUGCAACCAUGUGUGCUCGCAGGAGAAGGCGCGUGUGGACGCCCGCUUCAGCCUGGUCCAUGAGCAUGGCGCCCUGCAGGCUGAGACGAUCGAGAGGUGGGGGAAACGAGAGACGUGUCUCAAACGAUCGACAAGCAUUGUGUGCCUUCUUCAGUGCGAGGAAGCAUUUGAUUGAGCAGAUCCAGGACCUGGACGCAAAGACGGAAAGAGACAUCACCAUGUUGGAUGGUCAGCCUGAUUGACAGUCAGCUUGAGAGCUUUGCGACAUCCACGUGUGUCUUUCAGAGAGGAUGCAAGCCAAACUGACCGAUGACAUCGCCGCCCUCGACAUUGCAUUGAGGGUGAGGGCAAGAGAAUCAUGCACCGAGCGACAGCAGACACGCCCCCCUUCCGCCUCAUGCAGGUCUUCGCCACCGACAAUCUGAACCAAGAACGCUCCGAGCGGCUUACAAUGGACACCGAGCGAUCACGCGUCUUCCAGGAGCGGCUCGAGAACCACGAGGAGCUCACGCGCAACCGCAUCAGCAUGGCCAUGGAAGACGUGAGCAACCACCUGAAGGCGAGCAGAGACGCCGCACUGUUGCGGUCGGUCGCGCACGAGCACGACGUUGAUAUGAGGCUGAAAGAGGCCGAGGAAAAGCGAGUGGCCUAUGAAGCGUCGAUGGACGCUCGCUUCGACACUUUGCACGACGAAACGCUGGAUAUCCACCAGACGCAGGAACAGGCCAUGAACAUGAUGGCUGAAGACUGCCGAGGCAUGUUGGAACGACAGCAAGAGAGGGUCAUGCAAAGCGAGGCAGCUAUCAAGGCUGACAUGAGAAGGGAGACUAACAAGCUCUGCAGCGACAUGGCCAGCAUUGUGCUGCAGACCGGGCAGCUCCGACACGAGUUGACGAAGGAGAUUGCUGCGCUUGACGGGGGGACAAAUGAGCGCUUCGACACAUUGCAGAACGACAUGCAAGCCGCACACGAGACGCAGGAACGGGCCAUGAACAUGAUGGCCGAAGAUUGCCGAGGGAUGCUGGAACGACAGCAGGAGAGGACACUGGAAAGCGAGCUGGCCAUCAAAGCUGAGUUGGAGAGAGAGACAAAGAAGCUCCGCAGCGACAUGGACCAGUCUGCAGAGGCUCUGAUGGCCAGCAUUAUGCUGCAGACCAGCACCUUGCGAGACGAGCUGACCGAAGAGAUAACUGCGCUCGACGGCCGCACCAACGAGCGCUUUGACACUUUGCAGAACGACCUACAAGCGGCACACGAGAUGCAAGAGCACGUCAUGAAUAUGAUGGCCGAAGACUGUCGGGGGAUGCUCGAAAGACAGCAGGAGAGGACCAUGCAGAGCGAGACGGCCAUCAGAGCUGAGUUGGAGAGAGAGACGGAGAAGCUCCAAAGUGAUAUGAAUCAGUCUGCAGAGGCUCUGACGGCCAGCAUCAUGCUGCAGGCCAGCACCUUGCGAGACGAGCUGACAGAGGAGAUCACCGCCCUUGACGGCCGGACGAGCUUGCGUCUUGAGGAAUUGCAGAAGCAGCAUGAAGACGAGACGGGGGCAAUCAGGGCCCAGCUGGAAGAAGAUACAAGCGCACUGUGAGCUGACAAGAACGAGUGUAUGUGUGUGAGUGUCUCACCGCAUCCAUGUAUUGGCAGUCGUCUUGAGUACCAGAAUGAGAUUCAAACCCUCCAGGACGACAUGUCGGAGCAGAUGGAGCACCUGUACACGCAGACGACAAUGAGGUGCGACGACAUCGAGCUCAAGUGGGACGAGCUGGAAAGACGCGUCAAGGCACAGAUGGACGAGGCUGCUGACCAACAGGUGAGCCUGCAGCAAAGGUUUUCAUUGUUUGCAUGGCUGCUGUGGCCGUGUGCAGAGAGCGAUCGAUGGGAGGCUGGCCGAGACAGAGGUAGCCUUAUGUCUGCAAGACAUGGUGACAAAGGUCGGUGUGUCCCUGUGCACAUGUGAGAGGCGAAAACACCGGUUGCUGUCUCUCUCUGCCCCUGUCUCCUCCCUGUCUCCCUCUCUCCCCUCAGGUGGCCCUAAACUCAAUCGAAGCCGCCAAUGCAGAGAGCAAGCAGGAGCUCACGCGCGUCGCUGAGGGCCUGACGUGAGCAAGAGGGCAAGGACGAUCCCUGACUCGCAAUAUGCAUACCUACACCCACCACUUUGUCCUUUGUGUUUGCAGCAAGACCAACGCCGCGAUAGAGAUGAGGAUGAAUGGUGUGACUGCACGGCUACUCAUGGCCUCACAGGCACUGGAAGUCGUGAGAAGCGACAUCAAAAAAGGUAGCGAGGCUGCAGCGGCCUUGAAGGGCGACGUCGACAAGACGAAAGAAGAGGUGACCCGACCCGAUACACACACACUAUCCACUGUGACGUGUCCGCUGCUGUCCUGUAUGUGGUUCAGUGGCAGCAGGAGACCGAGUCGAUUCGCCGCCAUCAGGACGAGUUUGAGAAGACAGCCACCGUCACGAUGGACGGCCUCGGCGCUGAAAUGCUUCUCGUCAACACCAACGUCCAGAAGGCCCAAAAGGACGUAUGUGUACACGGCACCGCCAUACCAACCACGCCACUUCCCCUCCGCUCUCUUGCCCGUCCAUCAGGUGGAGGCCAUCCGCGCAGAGGUCAAGAAGCUCGACGAUCUGCGGCCGAAGGUCUCCUUGCUCGAGGACGAGGUGGGUACUGUAUAUAACAGGGCAUAUAACAGGCAGAAGAGUCCAUCUGUUCUGUAUGUGUACAGGUGGACGAGCAGCUCACACCUCGGCUGACGAAGCUGACGGCGGCUGACGAGGUCAAAACCGUGCAAGAAAGAAAUGUGAGGGCACGGAAAGGAUGUGUGUAUGGAUGCAGGAGGUGCGGAGACAGCUGCAGGACACGGCGACCGCCUUGGUGGCCCGGAUGGAGUCGCACUGGUAUCUCAAGAGCAUGAUGGACACGGUAGCCGACACAAAGACCAAGGAGUUUUUCAAAUAUAUCGAGACACGCCUGGCCCAGCUGGAACGUUAACGACCGAUCGACACAUGUCAGGAAGUCAGGGACAGA